AUGUCUAGUCUUAGACUAACUGCAUAUUUGGCCUGGAUCAAUGCCUGGGUUUCGACACCAUGGGACCACAAGCACGAUGCUGAGCCUGUCAUGUCGGUUGGCGAGAUGGCCGGCUUUUUCAGAGAUGAGAACCUGCUCCAUCUCUUGCACGGUGACAAUCUGAAAAAGAUCAUCACGUCCUUCCGGCACAGAGUUGAUGCCAAGGAGAUUCUUCUCGGGGGAACCGUCCCCCCGUCCUGUGAUGAGACAAAUAUUUUGACACACCGGUACGACCCGCGGACUGACUGCACUUGCGAUGGGGUAUAUCCUGUUCCUCCCGCUGCCACUUCCGAGUCCAUACUGCAGCAGAAUGAGUGCCGGGCAGUCCAGAAGAUGGUCGAUAUGGCCAACUUGAGCGCAAUUGCUGAGUUCCUCCUCUUCAAUGCAGACGAGCAGGGACCUCCCGAGACCUGUCUGGGCCCUAUGCCCUCCAUCGCCCACAUACAAGCACCAGACUGCCGGAUCAACCCUAGCUGCGAUACCGAUCUGUCCGUGUACCACCAGCUCUACCCGACAAACGAGCAGGUCAAGAUACUCACAGACGCAAAAUACUUCUUCGCCAUCGCCUGCGGCGGCGGACGCUGCGACGAGGGCAUUUCCAGAGCCGUAGCAGAGGCAGCAAACAAUAUCCUAAUAGCAGACUACUGCGAAGCAGCAGAUGAGAAGUCCCUACAUCUGCUCCAGGAAGUCGAGGCGGCGGCCAUGACAUUCUUGAAGCUGUGCAAUCUAGCAGGAGUUAUUAGCGACUGGCAAUUUGACAACAACAUAGCUCAGACAAUCCAGUUCGGGGUCCUAGGAUACUACCGUGAUCAUUCACGGACCCGACGGCCCGGUGGUGUUUACGGGAGUUAUAUGAGCUCCGUCCUGUCGCAUCGCUACAUCGACCUCGCCAUCUACUACACUUUGAUUUCGGAGGCGUGCGUGCUGCUUAACGAUCUAGUUGAUUUCCGCAGUGACACGAUGCGGAAACUGCGUGAGAAUUUCAUCUUGCGCGGGAUCCGUGGAAAUAUCUGUGGAUAUUUGGACGGGUUGAUAUGCUCUUCUCUGCAGGUCGCCGCUAAGGCCAUCGAGUCUAGUCCCGUGUGCGCGCUUGUGGUCAUGGGCGUUUGCAAUUGGGCGCUCAUGGCGUCGCAGCACAAAGUAUAUGAAGUGUUUCAUGGGGUUCGGGAGCGGAAGGGCGCGGCUGUAUGCGAGUAUGCCUCUGCCUCAAAUGGAUCCUACAAAUGGCUUCUUAAUGCGCUGAAGGGAUAUGGGACUCUGGGUGAGAACGGCCCAGACGUGGCGAAACGGCGCGUAGACAUGGAUAUGGGGUUUGCUGCGCAUCGAACUUCACCACAGACUAACAUGGCCUGGCUGGCGGAUAGUACGCGGAGUAUGCUCCAUCCUGGUAACUUGCGGAGAAUCAUUGAUAUUGUGCAUUUUGAGUAG